CUGCCUGGUGCUGGUGCUGGUGACGGAGGGUGGUAACGUCAGGCGAUACGUAAGACUGAUAGAUAGCUUAAAAGUCUCAACUUGGCGUGCACGCGUUUACUGUAUUUGUUCAAGGGUCUCGACCUCCAUGUUGCUUCCGCCACCUGAUGUAAUCCCGUUCUGGAGGAAGAGGGAUCAACAGGUAAAAGAACCUUAAUCAGAGUGAACCCCUCUUUCAUUCCUUGGUUCAAGUCCAAUUCCGAAUGCGAAAAGGUCUUGAUUGACUGUUGAUGGUGUCCGUUUUCAAGUCCAAAGUAGUAUACGUAACUAUACCAACAGGUGAACCGUAACACGUUUACUUCUUCUUUGACCGCUUUAUUUAUAAACUCUUUUUCUAUCAGUUAAAAACAAAAGGUACCUAGUGAACCUUUAACGCCGCAUUGUUUUGGCCGCGAGCAGUGCAUCUCCAAGAAACACCAACUGAUUCGACAACAUCGCUUCUUCAAAACGCCUGAAACGCCUACGGGCAAACUCAACAUGCAGGACACCCGAUACUUGGCACUCAACUAGAAAUACCUGAGCCGUCACUGCAAUUUAGCGGCAGUUUCGCUUGUUGCGCCUUGUACCGAAAAAGUACCGGGUCUGCAGAUCUGCGACUUGGCUUAUUGCUUAGCUCUGAGUUAGUGCCCUGUUACUGUAUCCCGUCCCCCUCUUGACUCUGCGACAAUCUUCGUUCCUCUCCGUUGCCGAUCAAAUCAAAACACCCUUCCCUUUCUUCUCCUUUCUGUCUCCGUCCUUUCGAAAGCCGCAAAUACCUUUCAAUCGUCAUUCAAACCUUAUACUCUUUCAUAAUUCCAUCAUCUCUCGUCCUUCUUUCUUUGUCUUUAUCCUUCUCCACCAUCUGCGGUAUCUGCCUGCAUACCUGCGCCCUGUAACUGCUAAAUACUCCGGCAUUUCAUCACAACAAUCAACAACAUCCAAUCCGAUCCAACCUGACACGACAACCACAAACCUCACUGCCACCACCAGUUCCAGACUCAUCUCCUCAAGUCUCACCACCUAAACUCCGUAUCAGCAUAACGUUCCACGCCCGCAAACCCCAUCGUCUCGACUUCCACGACCUUCUACUCUCCUACAAGCAUUAUAUCCUGGUUUCCAACCCCUGCUUGUAACACCAGCCUUUCGACAAUCGAGAGGCCCAUCGUUUUCUCAAAUUUUACAACGAGGCCUUUACUUUUUGUCUGCUAUCAACCUCCAGACGCUUGUACCGGUCGACUAGUCCGAAUAUUUCAUUGCCGCGCAAUUCUUCGAAGCGAACGCUACCCCUUCUCCUUCACGAACCGUCAAUGUUCGUGACAUCACCACCACCCUCAUCAUUCUCGAAUUCGAUACCGUUCGCCGAAACAUAGUAAAAAAUGGCCGGAACUCUCGUUGAAAGGGCCGCGCAUCCGGUCACUACAUCCUCUCUUGAUACCAAACUCGACGUUUCUGCUCGUCCUCGCAGCCAAUCUCACCUUGAGGCUGCCUUUUCUCCUGUCAACAACGACGGUUGUUUUGACUUUGACCGCGUGUUGAAGAGCGGCUAUGUUCAGAAGCGCACACAAAAGACAAAGAAAUGGAAGCCUGUUUACCUUGUCUUGCGACCCAACACCCUUUCUUUGUACAAAAACGAGAGCGAGUCUCGACUACGACAUCAGCUUUACUUGUCCGAGCUUACAGCCGUCGCCGAAUUGAAGGACCCCAAGCAUAAGCGCGAGCAUGUUUUUGGCCUCUUUUCCCCCUCUCGCAACUACCACUUUCAAGCGAAUUCCGCCGAAGAUGCUCAGGAAUGGAUGGAUUUGAUACGAAGGGACGCGCGCAUUGAUGAAGAGGAGGACGAGAUGUUCCUUGCUAGCCCACGUGCCUCUCAACAGCCUAGCAAUGGCAUCAAGUCGGUCUCUAUCAACAACAACCAACCAAAUGAGCAUGAGCGCUUCCUUUCCAGCUCUCCGGAACCAAUGGCAUCAUCUGCUCCCAGAUAUGUCACCUCGGCAGGGGGUAGGAGAAGGUCGUCGAUACUAGAGUCUUCGGGACUAUCGGGUGCGGAGUUCGCAUCGCACUCCGACCUUUCCGACAAUGAAGCUUUCCGUCCCCAGGACUCGUCCUACGAUAGUUUGGCUGUUCAAUCACCUGGCAAGCUACCCCCAGCGGUUCGCCCACCAGGCCAAGGUAUCCGAUCCGCGAGCCAAACGAGCGUGUCCAAUGUUGAGCAAGACCCCGACCGUGUCAUAUGGCAAGGCCGGCUCUACCUCUUGCGUCACCGACGUGGCAUGCGCCAGUGGAAGGAUAUGUGGGCUGUUCUUCGCCCACGUAACCUCAUUCUCUACAAGGACGAGUCUGAAUACACAGCUCGGUGGAUUUUACCGCUCUCUGCAGUCGUAAAUGUUGUCGAUCUGGACCCUCUCAGCAAGAGCAAGAAGCAUUGCCUUCAGGUUAUUACUGAAGAAAAGAGCUACCGCUUCUGCGCCCACGAUGAAGAUGCUCUUGUUCGCUGCAUUGGCGCUUUCAAGAGUUUGCUUGCUAAACGUCGCGAACUUGAGGCUCGCGCUGCCGCGACGGCCACAUGACCUAAGCGCAAAAACAGACCUUAUGGGAUCUCGGUCUCACGAGACCCAAUGGUGUAAACGCACCCAAGAUGAAUCAUGAUGAUCAACGUUUUCUUUGUCAGUUUUCUUUGUCAUGCGCCAGCGGCCGUGCUGUUCUCUUUGUAUUUCUUGGUCAUUGUUCAUGGCGAAUAUGUUGCUUGAUAGAAGAAAGAGGAGGAGAGCUUCUUGACGAGUUGUAUAUGUUUCUCAGCGCCUGUCCAUUUAGCGAAAGCCUCCUAUUUUGUUGUACAUAAAACAUGAUAUCCGUGGUACUUAGCACCAUUCCUGUAGAAACCUUCCAUAUUCAACCAACAUUCUUGAAUUGAGAACACCAUCGUGAGCUUAACCCAAAACCCAAACACCUGUCCAUGUCUACCGAUACAUUCUGAACCAUUACAAAACGCCAAAAACAAAGUCAAAUCGAAAAUCGAAGAUGCCAAGCUUUUCAAACACAAAUAUUAUCAUUGACCUUGAUCGUGCCA